AUGUCAUUGUGUUUUACGUUGGAUUGCUGUUGGGGACCCGCAAAUUUGUGUAUUCACGCAGCUGCUCUUGAUAUCGCGGGGCUCGACUAUCGGCGGUGUGACAGUGGGACACAGAAUCCUCCACCGCCUCCACUACUCCCAGCCGGGCUAUCGUUGCCCUUCUCAGUACUGAGGCGUUUCCAUCUGCGCAAGAUGAAUCUGACAUCGGUCGAGGUGCAAACUGCGCUGCGCCAGCUUGGCAAACUAGAUGCCUUUCUCGUCGAGGACUGCACUUUGGGGGCAGAGGCCUUCAAGCAACUCGAAGAGGUCCUUCGGAGCUGUUCUGAGCUGUCGUUCAUCCGAUGCCCCUUGGGUGCCUUACCACCCGGACUCACCGAGCUGGCUCCACGCGCCUUGCGGUUCCGGAACUGCAAACUGGAUGCAGACGCCUUGUCCGAGAUGAGCACAGCGGUCAGGGCCCGCCCGGAGCUUGGGGCUGUGGAGCUUCUGGCGGCAUUACCCGGCGCCGGCGCGGAAGGAGAGGGCCCAGCUCCAUCGCUGGUCAGCCAGAGGAUGGCCCUGAACCUUCUGGCUCUGGACCUCUCGGAAAAUCACCUGGCAGGCGCCGGCCGCACCAUGGCGCUUCUCCUCCGCUACUGCCACCAGCUUGCGCUGCUCCAGCUGGAAGACUGUGGACUAAGCUUGGAAGACCUCACGCUGCUCUGCCGGGCGUUGGCUCGCUCGCGCGUGGAGCGGCUUGACCUGGCCGGCAACAACCUGCGACGC